AAAUGACUCACUAAACUGUCUGCGCUUCUUUAUUAUGAAGCAGCAAUUUUGAAUGUGAUUUUUAUUAUAAGUCAUCCGGAAACAGUAUUUCUAUACUUCAAUGGGGUAAGACUGUGUAUAUCCGACCUGCUUACCCCACCGAGUAACUUACAGUAUAAUGUUGAGUUCUGCGAUAAAAAAAAUGUCAGUGAGAGAGGCGGCUUCAGAUUCUCAAUCAAAAAGCAGUCACUGUUUCUGUACCCCAUGCCCCCAUUCUUUCUCAAACCUUCCCAUCUCCAUCGAGCGGUUCUCCUGGUGCCACACCUCCACACCUUAUCAAUUAAUAAACGGCCCACCUUCCACCACGUGUAAGUUCGGAUGCACAUAUUACACCACCGAUCCGACGGACCCUGCCACUUCGCUCAACCCCCUUUCUCCUCCCCGGGAUUCCGGCCACUCUUUCGUCAAACCCUAGAGCCUCUCCGAAAAGGAAAAAGUUACUAAGCCCCGCCUUUUCCCGCCUAAUUAUUCCCCCUUUUUUGCUAAUUAAUUAAUUUCGGAUGGCGGAUUCUGAUAACGAUUCCGGCGGAUACAACGGCGGCGGCACGACCCGAGACUCGGCGAGGGAGCAGGACAGGUUCCUGCCCAUAGCGAACGUGAGCCGGAUCAUGAAGAAGGCGCUGCCGGCGAACGCGAAGAUCUCGAAGGACGCGAAGGAGACUGUCCAGGAGUGCGUGUCGGAGUUCAUCAGCUUCAUCACCGGCGAGGCCUCCGACAAGUGCCAGAGGGAGAAGCGGAAGACGAUCAACGGCGACGACCUCCUCUGGGCCAUGACCACGCUCGGAUUCGAGGAGUACGUCGAGCCGCUCAAGAUCUACCUGGCCAAGUACAGAGAGCUGGAGGGGGAGAAGAUCUCGGUGGGCAAUCGCCCCGGGGAGAAGGACGGGAGCGGCGGCGCUGGAUCCGCCGCCGGGAAUUCGAGUUCGGCCGGUAUGUAUGGCGGUCCGGCGGUGUAUAACCAGGGCCAGAUGUACGCGUCUGGAUCGUACCACCAGAGGUAGCGGGGAAGAAAUUGACGAACUUGCCCUUUUACAACAUCGGUUACUAAUACUAAGCUAGGUCUUCAGAAACCAUGUCCGUACAAUUUUCUGCUUAAACUUUCCAGAAUUCGUGAUGUUCUUCUGCUGAACUCAGUGACAAGUGGAGAUUUUAGAUGAAGACGCCACCUUUUUCAUUUCUUUUCUUAUCAUUCCCUUUUUUUAUUUUAUUUUGAAAAUGUAAAACUGAAAAAAGAAUCCUAUAGUGGAGAUUUCAGUGGGAUGCAUGUGGAAAGGUCGGUUGUGACCAUAUGGUGUGUUUAAUGAAUGUACAUAUAUAAAGUUGUGACCGUCAAUGGUAAAGCAAUAAUGUCACUACAAAUUUUCUUGUUGUACAUUAUUGUUCGGUCAUUUCUCUUGUUUUAAAUAAACAAAAAGUGUUUGGGGUAUGUUUGGCACACAAAAGCUUCUAGCUUUUCUGUUUUUCAAAAAGACGUUAAAAGAUUCUAGUUGUAAGUUUGAUACUCUCUCCGUCCCAAAAUUAAUUUAAAACUUUCCUUAUUUCGCAAAUAAUCUACAUCAAAAAAGUGUCCAAACAGUGUCAAACAGUGCAAAACAGUGCACUCCACAGUAAAGUCAAAUUUAUUUUCUUAAUCUGUG